UUCUUCGAGCUGUAUGCCCUGCGGAGGGCAGGCGCUGAAAUGUCAAGUGCGCCGACCCACACCCGCCUGAUUGGACUAGGUGAACCGCAAUCAGUCCUCAGACCUGUGCUGCUACUCAUCGUUUCUUCGACACACCGCCUGCACCCUCGACAAACACUAGAGGGCCUCGAAUGCCUCUGGAAGUGUACGUACUGCAGCGUUGCGCAGCGUAGGGCUCACCGAACGGUGAUGACACUUUUGACGUGUAGCAGAUUGCACGUUGCACUGCACCUGCACUGUCACCCAAGCUUUGAUCGAAUGUUUGACUUCAUGCGGAUCCUUUCAAAACUCCAGGUCAUUUCAUCUCUUCUUCUCCCAAGCAGCGCAAGCAUCUGUUGGUCACGCAACUUUUCUUUGGACUCUCCAUGGGUUGACUUCGCAGCUCUUUCCUCUUUGGUGGGGGUUGCAGCAGGUGCAGAAGUGAUUACAUUCAGACAUGAAGGAAAAAAAGAGCCUCAUGCGCAACGAACAAACGGAUCAAAGCGCACGCUUGAGCGCUAGGUGCAUUCUCUCACCUUGACUGGCGUCUUCGCCGUGGUCAGAACCCUAUCACAUCAGAAGUAUGAUGCGGUCACACAACAACGGUCAAGUCCACCAAGUGACGUCCUGAUCGAGACAGCACCCUCCUGACGACCCAGCUGUUUCUUGUCUAGUUUUGCAGCAUUUCGACAAGCAGACGGCGUCUCACACGGGAAAGAGCUUAGAUGAAGGUAUCCUCACGCUGGUGUUGA